AAGCAGUUAGUUACGGCGUGUUAUGGCAAAAAAAGAAAGUUGUUUCACGUUCAGUGUCAACAUUCAACCUUAGAACAACUCUUUCACAAAUGAUGCUUGUUACCGUAAAGAAUAGUCUUGGAUGGGUGCUGGUCUCGAUUGGUGCUAUGCUAUGCUAAAUGCUUUACAGGAAGUGAGCUGAUUCAAUCGAUUUUCUAUACAGUAAGUUACCGAAUCGAGCAUUUUAUAAAUCUGACGUUGUUUCUGAGCAAAUAACAAAAAAGUGCUCACGAUGUUCCAAAGCCAGUAAAACACGUUUUCUAGGAGCGCAGCACACGACCGAGAGAGAGAAGCAAUUUUGUUUGUAUUCUAAUUAGGAAGAUUAUAGGGAAGUGCUGGCUGGCUCUAGCUUGGAAGUGGAACUCACCAUCUGAAUUUAGAAUAGUCACUAGACUUCCUCUAUCAAACGAGAUCUACUGCCUAAACCAGUGAGUACUUCCCUUUUGUUUUCAAUUUUUAAUACUAUUUAUUUGCACAUUCAUCAAAACAAUAAGUCUAGUCAGCAAGUGAAAAUUCUCUUCUACAGAUAAUAGGUAUUUAUAUUAUCUGUAGUAACAGUAGUAACUGGAAUUCAAUAUGAUGUUAAAAAUCGCAUUACUGUUUGGUUUGAUUGCUAUCUCGUCUGGUGAAGAUGCAAAAGAAAAAGUUCAAGUGACAGUUUUCUAUGAAAGUCAGUGUGGUGACUCAAUUCGAUUCUUCAAGAGACAAGUGAAACAAGCCUAUGACGUACUCAACCAACACAUUGAUUUUGAAUUUGUUCCUUACGGCAAAGCAGUGCACGAGAAGCUAAAUGACAACUACAAGUUCACUUGCCAUCAUGGAUCCACAGAAUGUGAUUACAACAAAGUACAGUCAUGUGCGAUCAAGUACAGUCCCGACCAGAAUACAACUGUUUCGUUCCUCUCCUGUGUGAUGGGCACUUACCAGCAGAGCUCUGUUCUGGAAUCGUGUGCAAAACAAAGUUCAUUAGAUUUGGGAAAACUGAACGAAUGUGCCGCAGGAAACGAAGGAGACGAACUUCACGCCAAACAUGGAGACAGAACUAACAGUUUCCGUCCUUCAGUCUCAUAUGUUCCAACAAUCGUCUUGAAUGGGGUUUACGAUAGCACAACACAAUACGAAGCUGAAUACAAUCUGCUGGCAACCGUUUGUAAAAAGUUGAAAACCAAACCAGAGGCUUGCAAGACAUCGUAGAAAAAACUUGAAAAGAAAACAUUCCAAACUUCUUUGCUGAUAUUCACUGAGCAGUUUCAUGAUACAUUGGUUAUUUUGUUUGAUCCACACCAAUAGUUACCAACUAGUAAGCUGAUUGAAAUAUCUGAUAAACAAGAAUGAUGUGUAUGUGAUGGUAGUUGCAAUAGUACAAAUUACUCUUUUAUAAAUAUUAAAAACGUAUCUCCUA